AUGUCCGAGAAGCAGCCACCAACGGGCCGAGGCCUCGGCGAGCGGGAUGAGCAGCCGCCACCAUACUACCAAGCCCACCACGAUCGCGUGAAUGAGGAGGAGCCGCGCCGUGGCUUCGGAGAAGGCCAGCGGUCGCGCACCGCACGGGCCGUUGCCGAGUUUCCCGAGUACCAGCGGGUCCAACGCGUCUCCCACGAGCGCCAGGAAGAGUUCCGCAACACCAUAGCAGGUGACAAGCAGCCUGAGCGGCGGCAGCCUGAGCAGCAGCGUGCCCGACACCCCCAAGUGCAGGAGGAAGACGAAGGCGCGCGUGAUGACCGCCAGCAAUACGAAGAAGCUUCUGCUCCGAAAGCCACUCCUGGCAAGAAGCGUUACAAUCUGGAACCCAUCGAGCACGUCAAGCAACGCGCCGAGCAAGCACCCCCCUCCGCUGAGAAGUACCUCCUUCUGCUUUGGGUUGGGCUGGUUUCUGUCGUGACUGGCCGUAGCCCCACAAGAAAGACGCAACUGCUACGGCUGUUGCAGGAUUCGAAACAACGCGCCGAGGAGGAAGAAUACCUUGCGUGCGACUUAGACAGCUUUGACCGCAUCGAGGACGACAUCAACGCAGCCCAGUGGGAGGAGGCUCGCGCCAAAACCGAGUGCUUGCUGAGCGUCAUCCGCCCGUUUGACAUCCACAAGACACGGUACCUCAUCGGCCAGAGCCGCGUGUACGCAGCGGCAAUGAAAGGCAGAAACGUCAUCGUCUUCCUCGGUCGCUCGGGCGCCGGCAAAUCCACCACCCUGCUCUACCUCUCCGGCUGCGAGAUGAUCCAGCGCGACAACGUCUAUCACGACAUUGGCCCUGCCCCCGGCGCUGCCCCCGAGGGCUUCAACGUCAACCCAAACCCCGAGUCAGAGACAGCGUACGUGCGUGACCUUCGCCUGCCAGCUGAGUUUGUGGACGAACUCGAUGUUGACCUGGACGACGACACAAUGGACAUCUUCAUGCUCGACACCCCAGGCAUUGGAGAUAACUGCGGUCCAGAGGUUGACGUCGCCAACACCAUCGGCAUCCACCACGCCCUCAAGUCAUGCAAGGGCUUCUGGCCCGUCGUUGUGCUCUCAAAACGCGACGGAAACAACUUUGAGCAGAGCAGAGACAGCUUGAAAGUUGCAUCAAACCUCUUCAAGAACAUGAGCAGCAUCAAAAGUCGCCUGUCUUUCCUCUUCACCAAGUAUGACAGCGUCGACGAGCACGCUGCGAUUGAAGAGGCCUUCAAAGUCAUCAACGAGCAAGUCCGGAAGUUGCCUGCUGAUGAUCCUUACCGUAUCAUCGUCAAGGCUGUCAGCAACAAGCUGAGGCGCUUGCGCGGAAAAGAAAUUGUCCUCCCACUCGACCCAGAUCGCAUAGUUGAUCACCUGAACGGCAUGCUUGAGAAGGGUCCUGUCAACGCUAGGAACGUGGCCGACCAGCCAUCCCUCCUCUCCACGUCUGAGACUGCAAUGGCUGACCAGGCUCGCCUCAACCUCGAUGCCAUCCAGUUUGCCAUGGAACGUGGCGAGUACGACCUCGCCGUUCAGCGCGUCAAGGAACUGCAGGACCUGCAGGAGGUGGUGCCGUCCGAGGAGGUGACGCGAGGCAUGCGGGACGCUCAGCAGGCGAUUGUGCAGCACCUUACGCGUGAGUUCAACGCUGUGGUGGAGCGCAUCAACGAGUUCAAGGAUGCUUCCACCGGCUUCAUUGCCGUGGAUGUGCUGGACACCCUCACCGCCAUCGGCAACGCCACCCGCUUCUUCCAACACGAGCUGCCAAACCUCGACCUCUCCGCCGUCUCUGCAGAGGUGACGGCCUCCGCCCUUGGCGACCUGGUCAACACACUGCAGCGGGACGUGGGCCGCGCUGAGCUCUCCGCCCACGCGCGCGUCAACCAGGCCAACAAGCUGCGCACCCUCGUCAGCGCCAUCAGCAGCAUCCCUGCCGAGCGGUACGAGAGCGCUGCGCAGGGCCUCGCAGACGAAGUGCUUUCGAUGCAGCGGCGUGCUGUUGAGGCGCUCGAACAGCGACAGCUGCACGAGGCAGGCGAUCUAGGCACAGCCACGCUGCAGGCUGCAGACGCCUUUGCCGCCCACCUCGACGCCACCCGCACGGCCCAGCUGACAGGCGCCAGCGUGGGCUCCAGUGGCGCCGGCAGCAGCGGCAGCACAUCGUCAACAACAACAACAACAACAACAACAACAACGACGACGACGAGCACUGCCAGCAGCCAGAAGACCAGCGCCAGCAGCCUCCCUCAGCAGGUGGGCGAGUUCACCGGCCAAGUCGAAGUCGAAGCAGGGACCGCCCAGUCAGCGUCGCAGCGCAUUGCUCCCUGGCGGGAGGCGUUCACCAAGUCAUUGUUGGCUCUGAUCCGUCACCCAUUUCAGCAAGCUCGUCACGCCCUCUCCGAACUCACCCCAAACAACUUGGGCCUGAAAGGACAGCCCGCUGUGGACGCGUUGGCAACAGCGCUGGCCCUCAUCACCGAUGUGCAGAAGACGCCUCGGCUUGCAGCCGUCAUCGGCGCUCAGCAGCUGGAGUCGCUACUCGACCAGCUUGUGUUCGUGUGCGACGAGCACCUCACCCACAUCAUCGAUGAGAUCAAGCGCGUGUGCCAGCAGGACCUGACCGACGCUCUUCAGCAGGCAGAGCCGCUUGUGAUCCACCUCAUCCGAUUCCGCGACUUGCCCUCCGUAGACUUGGCGCGAAAGUACGCCCGCCACGAGGCCGCAGCGCGUGCAGAGGUUGUCCAGGUCGUUGGCACUGCCCAACAGCUCGUGCGCGACAUUGUUGGGCACAAGCUCUUCAACAAAGACAACGCCGCUUACCGAGACAGGGCAUUUUUGCCGGGCUUGUUGCAAGCCCUCAAAGCGGCCACGUUUGCUAACCAGCUGCAGCCAAACAUGAUCGACACGACCAUCGAUACGCUGAUCCGCAACGUGCGAGAUGAGGCCUACCAAUUCGUUGCGGUCGCCACCCGCAUGCCCAUCCAGCUCGACAACCCCGACAUUGUUCCUGAUGUGGCGGAUGCAAUCGACCAGCUCUCCGGUUUGCGUGCAUUGGGCAGCGUCCUCGAAGGUGUCGAUGAGGGCUACACCAAGGCCAUUGAUCAUGUAAACGCAGGUGUUCAGCAUAUCAUCGAAGACACGGAACGGUUUUUCUCUGAAAUCCCAAAAGCCCCUGCCACCACCAACGCUGACGCGAGCGAUGGCGACACGCGCCUUGACUUCCAGCUCGACCUGCGACGUGUGCGCCGCAUUCACUACUUCCUCCACAAGGCGACAAAGGAGUGCAUUCUCAACCACUACAUUGCCAGCAUCAACGAUUUGAAGAACCUGCUGGAGGUCUCCAUGAUCAGCUAUGGCGUCUACAUCAGUAAAUGCCUCUCCCACAUCAGCACCGACGUGCUCCAAACGUUCGUGGACGAAGCGGCUUCCGAUCUGGCGGCCGCCACCAAACGCCUGAGGACUGCUUGCCUCACGCUCCAGAUCCGACUAGAGGACCUGCAGCGCAUGGAGAAAGACUUUCCGGAACUGCAUGAGCUGGCGUUCCAGACCACGCCACGAGAGCUCAUCCUCUUGCGUCAGGAUGCACAACAUCGAGAAACCGAGUGCGAGCACCUCAAACACAGAGGCUUGCUGCCGGAAUUACACCGUCACGUGCUGGCUGCAGGCGUUUUGCGUCAACUUGACGGCGUCCUCGAUCUCCCACCAGGCGGCACGUACAACAACCUGUACGAGCGAUUUGUCAAGGCAACGAGCGACUACGAUGAAGACACUCAGCGGCAGUUGACUGAAGCCAUUGACCGCCGUGACUUCGGGCAGGCUGCCACUCUGCUGAGGCGCCUUCGCCACACAGGAACGACACCGCGGCCCACAUUGGACCAGUCAAUUCUCACUGCGGUUGAUGCCGUGUACUCCGAAAGCUGGAAUCUUGCUCGUCAGAUUACAACUUACUUCAUGACGGGUGAUGAGCUGCUCGCUCGGUUUGAAGAUCUCGGACGAGCAUUGCGUGAUGUCAAGUCCACCAACGCCCUGCACGCUGCAGACUUGAAGCUCGUCAGCGACGAGCAGGCCAAGGAGUGGGAGGUCAAGCUCAUCAACAUGCAGCAAUCGAUGCACGAGUUCUUCCUCAGCGAGUGCAUGUAUGCAGAGGAUAACAUGCAGCGGUGUUGCUUUGCACUUGCCAAGGAACAACUCAAUCUCCUACAGGCGUGCCUUGGAGCUGUUGCCCAAGAACUUGAGGGUCUGGACGAUGUACAGGCGCGCAUCAGCGACCUCAAAGCAAGCAUUCUCAAGGGCCCCGAGGAGGCUGUUGCUGCCUUUGAGGGCUUGACAUUGGAGGAAACCACCCGCAACCCACCACAGAUUCUGACGCACCUUGAGCAGGAGAGCGCACACAUCAAGUCAGCGGUGAACGAGCACAUGAGGAAGCUGCUGUCAGAUUUUCGUGCACGAUUGACAGCGGAAGACGUGACAAACGUAAACCAGGAGACAGUGACUCAACACUUGGACCACUUCAAGGCCCUCUGCCCUGACGACAUCCAGCAGCAAGUGGACGUGGUCGCCGAUGAAAUUUUGGCGACGCUUCGCCAGCGCAUCGCAACGCGCGCAAAUCAGCUUGAGGAGCGUUUGGAACAGGAUGACUGGGAUGCUGUCAGGGCAGACGUGGAGGCGGCUCGCAAGCGAACAGGCGGCGAAUUGUCAACCAAGAUCUAUGCGCAACUCACCGCAAAGGUCGAAGCCAUCGCUGAUGAGGCCUUAUGCGCUCUCGACCGAAAACACGGACGCCAAGUGUUGCAGGCCGUGAGGCGUCUCGCCAAGUGCAAGGAGGUUGGCGUGCCAGCUGCCGCAGCAAAGCUGAAGGGGAUCGUGCAGCAAACAAGGACCAAGCUCAGCAAUGAGGUCCACAUUAUUGCUGAUAUGUUGGCCGCCCCACAACUCACCGAGACAGGAGCCGUCACACACGAUGCAGUUGGGGCGUUCGUGAGCAGCUUUAUCUACGCGCUCUAUUUGGAGACGGCAGGCAAUGUUGCCAUCAAGCCGGCGACUCCAGCGGCAGGUGGUGCUGCGCUCAGUCGCUCUCUCAGCUUUGACGAGGCCGGCUCCAUCCUGGAUGACCUCUUCCAACGCGCCCAUUCCUGUUCCGACGCAGCCGCGAAGCUUAUGGAGGACGUGAACAACUUGAAGUCUGCAAUGAAGGAGCUCGAAGCUUCCAAAGUCGACUGGAAACAGUUUGCUGUCGGCAACACAGACUCGCUGGUGUACCAGUGUCGUCUCCUCGCUGCUCUCGGGACAGAACUGGCGAAGCCGUUGAUCGCGCGGGAACUCAACCCUGGACCAGAUGUGGUAGAUGCCUGCAUCAAAUGCAAGGACAACCUGGACAAGGCGCUCAAGGAUGUGGACGAGCUGACGAGCCAGUGGUGCGAAACGAGCCAAUCCAUCGACGUGCUCGACGCUCGUUUCAACGUCAACUCAGAGGAGAGGCACAAGGCCUACUCGCGGCUGUACUGCACCCAGCGCUUGCUUGACCUGACCCAUGACCUCGUCUCCUACGCCAAUAACGGUGGCACUGCCCAGCUGAGACGGGUCAACUUUGCAGAUUUUGUGGACACACAGGAGCAACAGAUCAGCAUGAGGCUCAAGAGUGCGCAAGCGUCCCGCAAGUACGACGAGCUGAAUAGCCUCAUGGACCACCUGAACAACAUUGCUGCGCUCAGAAAUGCCAAGCCACCGCCGUCUCUGGCAAAGUCAGUCGGAUCCAAGCCAAGCUCUCCGUCGAAGGGCAAGCGAGGCAAAGGACGAGGCCGAGGGUCGAAACGAACCCUUCCGGAGCGAUCGAAUGGAGCGCGCCAGGCUUUUCAAACACCAGCGAUGAUGGACCUUCAAACCCAUCUCAUGGAAGAUGCGAACAAGCUGGUCGGCGAGUUGAAGCGCGCAAGAAGCAACGACGCCAUUGCGCGCGCUUUGGUUGAGCUUCAGAAGAUGGCUGACGGCGUGGAGUGUGUUCGUGAUAGCAUCACUCGGCAAGUGAGCGAUUUCCUGGAGGUGUACAACAGGAAGAGCGAGACAAGCAUCCCCAAACUUGGGCUGUGCCUUGAGCAACUCAAGUCGCCCGAAGCACAGCGUGUGCUGCAAGGAUAUGACGUGUUCACUGGGUAUCUGCGUCGCCUCUUCAACAACAAGAUCAGCUCUGUGGGCAUCGACGACGCGCUGAAGACGCUGUUGAAGGAUGGCAUCAAUCACAUGAGUGACAGCCACAAAACGGAUCUCAAGACCAUGUAUGAUGAAUUCUUGAAGCUGUACCACGACAACCUGAAAAUGAUCAAGGAUGGGCAAAAGGCGGUGGACGCCCUUGCUGCUCGUGCCAAGACUUGCGCAGCCAAGGUGAUGGACGAGCCUGAUUUGCACAAGGAUCAGCUCGAUUGGACCGUUGACAUGAAGGAUGCGCUGCCACGACUUGUCGCCAACAUCUUUGGCAUGUGGACGCUGCACCAUGCCAGCAACUCAAACCAGGCACGCGAGGAGCUCCUGCAGCCACACCCUUCCCAAGCCCUGGCCAUCUUCCGCCUGCUUGGCGUUGGCACUGCGAAAGACGAGCUGCACUCCAACCUUGUGCAGGUCCUGACAGGACAAGGCAAAGCCGUCAUCUUGGCUGUCACAGCAUCUGUGCUUGCGCUGUACGGCAUGCACGCCAGCGUCGCCUGCUACUCCGAGUACCUCAGCGUUCGUGACCACAAGGACUUCUCAUUCUUGUUUGACAAGCUUGGCGUGGCUGAUUGUAUCGAGUACGGCACGUUCAACGCCCUGUGCGAGUCGCACAUCAACAAGGAGGGUGACAUCCGCGAGCGCGUGCAGCACCUGAUUCAAGAAGACGAGUUCUGGAAGCCUGGUCUAGUGAAGCGUGCCAAGGACAAAGCAGCUGCCUGGAAGGACAAGGCAGCAAGCUACUUCCCUGGAGGCACCAGCUCAUCCAAGGUCCCACGGCCUCGCGUGCUGUUGAUUGACGAGGUGGACGUGGCACUCGACCCAAGCAUCAUGAGCAACACGUACGCGCCCAACUGCAAAGUGACCAACCAAGCAAUCAGGAAGUUGGUGAUGUUCUUGUGGGACAACCGCGCAAGCAGGCUUACGUUUGCCAGGGUGUCCACCUCCGAGCAAUACCAGUCUGUGCUGUCCUCACUGCAAGCCCCCUAUCACGGUCUCCUCCGAAGCUGCGUGAACGCCAUGAUUAUUGACCUGCAAUCGUAUGAGAACCACGGGUACGUGUUUGAGGGCGGCCGCAUCGGUUACAAGCUGCACGACACCAUCAACUACAAGAUGCGCAUGCGCUACAAGACCUUGUUUGCGCUCAUGCACGAGCUUGAGAAGGCCGGAACAGAUGUCCACCGAUCAAAGGACGUCAACACGGAACUCACCUUCCUCAUCAACUGUGGCGCCUUCUCGUACUUUGAGGUGCAGCGCACGUUCGCCUGCACACUCGGUGUGACGGGCACGCUCAAGGACCUGUCUGCUCCCGAGUUCAAGGUUUUGAAGGAAGACUACGGCAUUCAGACAUGCACGGUGAUGCCGUCCAUGUUUGGCGCGUCGCAGCUCAAGCCGUUUGAGGCAAACGACCUGAAGAUUGUGCCCGCUGACCAGUACCAUCUGACCACCACCCAGGAGAUUCGCAAGCGCCAUGGACAGGGCCGUCCGGUGAUUGUUCUGUUUGAGACGGAGAGAGACUUGCAAGAGUACUACCGGCACGACUCCCUUGGCGCCCUCAUGCAGAACGUGCAGAUUCUGAGCGAGACGCUCUCCGCUUCAGAGAAGGAGACGAUUGUGCGCAAGGCAACGCAGCAGAAGCGCAUCACCCUUUGCACCCGCUCGUUUGGGCGCGGCGUGGACUUCCAGGUGCGUGACCCGGCCAUCCCAGACAAGGGCGGCGUGCACGUGCUGCAAACGUUCUUGGCAGAGACGAUGGCUGAGGAGCGGCAGUGCAUGGGCCGCACGGCUCGGCAGGGUGAGCCAGGCAGCUACUCGAUGGUGCUGUGCCGUGAGCAGCUAGAGAAGUUUGAUGUGGACUUUGAAGCGCUCGACAAGCAGGAGAGCAGUCACGAGCUGCGCAAGUAUCUUCACAAGAGGCGGGAUGAGGCGUUUGCGAAGAAGUUCAAGCAGUCGUACGAGAUUGCGCGGGCUGUGAAGAAGGAGCACGAGGAAUCGAUGGCGUUCCUUGAGGAACUGAGUGACGAGCGCAAGGCUGAAGUGGUGAAGAAGCUUGAGAAGUGGAACUACACGCGCGAGGUGGCCUCCAAGGUCACGCGCACAUUCUACGCACUCGAUUGCACGUGCUCCAUGGGCACAAAUCUCAAGAAGACGGCACAGGUCAUUGGCGUGGUCUUUGAGCGCAUCGAGAAGAUCCUCACAGAUGCCGGCUUGCUUGGCAACAGCGACGUUGCAGUGCAGCUGGCGGCAUACCGCAACUACAACGUGGAUGCAGACCAGCUGUUGCAGGUGUCUGGGUGGGAGCAGAACCCGCUUGCGCUGCGGCAGUUUCUGUUUGGCCUGGACGUGAACGGUGGCUGGGGCAACGAAGCGAUUGAGGUUGCGCUUCACCGCGCCAACAUGGAGAAGGGCGUGUCGCAGGUGAUUUUGAUUGGCGACGCACCAGCCAACUCCCCAGAUGAGGUGGCUGCUAAGCGCAACCAUCGUCGUGAACGUUACUGGUCCAAGUUUCCCGAGUUUGCCAAAUCCACGACCGCGGAGGCAGAGCUGCGAGAGCUGGCAAGCAAAGGCAUCCCAGUUCACGCCUUCUUCAUUGAUCCUCGCGCCAAGAACUUCUUCAGACACGCUGCUCAGAUGACUGGUGGGCGCUGCGAGUUCCUGGACAUUGAGAAGGCGUCUGGCGCCGACCAGCUCACGAAUCUUGUUUCCGAAGAGCUGCUGCGGCGCGCGGGCGGCGAACAAGGCAACCAACUCGUCGACACCUAUCGAGCCACCUUCUGCAAGUGA